GGUGCGCUAUUGUGCGCAGGCGCAGUGGGCGCGGGCGCUAUGGCCGGGAGUUUGAAGCUGGAGCGGGUGGUGGAGGCGCUGGUGCUGCUGAUGGGGAGGCCCGGAGGAGGCACCGGAACAGAUUCAGGUUCUCUCCAGGCGGCAAAACAUGCAGAUCUGGUCGAAACCUUAAACUCCAACUUGGCUGCUUUAGAGGAAAAGCUUGGUCAGGAUCCCCAGUGGAAUGAACUGCGGAGCUUGAGAGCUGAAGUCAGAGAGCAGGCUGUUUGGCUAGAAAGCUCUACAGAUGUGACCUGGAGUUUUACUUGUCAAGUCCUGCUGUUACUGCUGAGUCUGAAAAAGCGCAUGAUCAUCUUAGCUGCUGCUUACCAUCCAGCCAAACCAAACCCUAGGACCGCUGAAGCUGCUCCAGCUCUCAGCCCUGACACGCUCAGUAUCUCCCAGCAGAAGACUGUUCAGUCUGCAUUGCAGUUUGUGAUUACCUUAGGCCUUUGUCCAUAUCUCUUGCCUGGGGUUGGAAUCCCGCUGAAGCACAGGACAGAGUUCAGUGCUGUUGUUCAAGAUGUGGUAUCUCCCAACACUUCCCCCAGUGCAAUGCAUAGGCUGUAUGGCAGCUGUACUGCACUGCUGCAGAUUGCACAGCACCCAUCUUUAGGCAACCUCAUCCUUACCCGCCACCUUGGGGACCUCAUAGCAGGUCUGUGCCAGCUAGGAUUCUGCCCGACCAAAGGAAAGGGUGAGCAAGCCAGGCCAUUGGAGCAACUAAAGGGCCUUACAGAAGAGCAGAGAACCCGCAGUAGGGAGGCCUUGAAGAGUGUCUUGGAUCGAGUCUACCAACCGCUAGUGGUCCAGGAACUGCUUGUUCUUCAGGGUGGAUCCAAACAGUGCUUGCAGUCCCCUGGACAAAAGGUGAAGCAGCCCCUUGCCCAAGCUCCAGUUUGGCUUCGGCGUCUCUGUGGACAGCUGCUCUCGGAGAGGCUGAUGAAACCCAGUGGGGUUCAGGCUGUGGUCCGGGGCAUCAUGGAGGGAGCAGGAAUCGGGGUAGCUGGUGGCAGUGGCGCUGAAGCAGCAGCUGCAGACUGGAGAAAGUGUGACAUGGUAGCUAGGAUCUUGGCUUCCUGUCCUCAGCAAUCUCUGUCCCUGGAGGAUUACUACCGGCAGGUGUGCCCACAGAUUCUAGACUUAUUGCAUAUUCAGGAUAAGCUGAUGGCACACCAGUUCCAGAGAGUUGCCACCACUUCCCUUCUCACUAUGGCCAGAGAAUGCCCUCAGCUGGCAGGGAAAUAUUUGCUCCAUCCCAUGCUAGCGCCGCUUCUCCAAUGCUGGGAUAUGGCAGAGAUGGCAAUGGAAGACUUACCAGCAGGGACUGUGCUGGUGAAAGAGGCAGAGCUCAGCCGCUGCGUGGAAGAUGUGUUCAAGGUGUAUGUGGUUGGGAAUGAGCCCUCUGACGUGUUGCUGGAAUCCUUGCAGCCAGCUCUGGGAGUGAUUUUCUCUCUCUAUUGUUUCACCAAGCAGAACGUGUCACACUUACGCUCACCAUGCCAGGAGAUUUUAUUAUGGGUCUUGGAGAAGUCAGAGAGAGAGGUGGCGCUCUCCAUGCUGGAAGGAUUUGCAGGACUGGGUAGAACCAUGCAGUUUCUCCAUCCGCUGUGCCAGUUUCAAGUAGCUGGUGGAGGUGGUGCCAUGAUCACUGUCAAAGAGACCAUCAGCGAUGAGGAGGAGGAACUCUACCAGAAGGUCUCCUCGGAGCAGUGGCAGAUGGAGCAGUUGGUGGCCCUGUUGACUCACUGCCAGAAGAGCGGCUUAGCUGGAGACUUCUUCAUCUGCUGCUUAAAGGAGCUGACUCACAUGGCUGCAAACGAUGAGGCCGGCUUGGAUGACGAUCCUCUCUCCUGUGAGAGUCUGGUGGAGCUGGAGCAAUACCGCAGUCAGCAUCUCGUGGGGCAGAAGAAGCAGCUGCUUGUUUUGCAGCUGGUGGCCAUGCUGUGUGAGCGCGUCUCAGACACCGUGUUCACAGACAUUGUACAGGUGGUGGAAUUUGUGGCAGUUACAUUGCAGCGGGCAUGUGCAAGUCUUGCCCAGGGUUCAGAGGGCACUGUGGAAGCGCAGACUUUGAGCAUGUCCAUGGGACUAGUGGCUGCCAUGCUAGGAGGGGCAGUGCAGCUGAAAUCGGGUGACUUUGCCAUCCUAAAGCAGUUGGUGCCCCUGUUGGAGGAGAUCUCCCGCAUUCAUCUUGAACCUGUCAUCCAGGAGCUUGCAGCUGAUCUGCGCAUCACCAUCUGCACUCACGGAGCCUUCUCCACCCAAACUGUAGGCACUGCUGCCCAGAGCACCCUGGGGGAAAAAAUAGGGUCAAGCAGGUCAGGAGGACAGACCCACACAAACCCCACAGAAAGACCUGAGAACAAAAGAGCUGGGCUCAUCCUAGGACAGCCACAGAGUAAUGAAAAUUGCAGCCACACAAACAGCCUGACCAGUAACCCCAGUCCUAAAGGAAAGAAUGGGGAAUCCACUGUGCAGAAAGAGUGCCCCGUUGAGACUCCUACAGCAGACCACACCCCACAACAGCUUCAGGAGCUCCUCUUAUCAGCCUAUGACCCGGAAAUCCCAGUACGAGCAGCUGCCCUGCGGCGUCUUUCCCGUUUGUUAGAGCAGAGGGAUCCAGAUGGACUAAAGGCUCAGGAGAAACUCCUCAAGGUUUUCUUGGAAAAUAUGGAACAUGAGGACUCCUUUGUGUACCUUUCUGCUAUUCAAGGUGUUGCCCUUCUGUCAGAUGUGUACCCAGAGCAAAUCCUCCCCUGCCUACUGGCCCAGUAUGGCUGCACUUCACCAGGCACCACAGGACCCCAGACUGCAGAGACCAGGAUGAAAGUGGGAGAGGUGCUGAUGCGGGUAACCCGGGCACUGGGGGACAUGAGCUGCCAGUACAGAGCUCCUCUGAUUCAUGCCUUCCUGAGAGGAGCAAGAGACCCGGAUAGCACUCUGAGGGCUAGCAGUCUGUCCAACUUGGGAGAGCUGUGUCAGAGACUUCACUUCCAGCUGGGCUCCGUGGUUCAAGAGGUGACCUCCUGUUUGACAGCCGUAGUUAAGACAGAUGGCGAGGCUGAAGUCCGAAGAGCUGCGGUCCAUGUGGUGGUGGUGCUGCUCCGUGGGCUCAAUGAGGAAGCGACUGAGGUUCUCAGGGAUGUGCUGCGGGAUCUCUACCGCCUGCUGAAGUCAGUGGUGGCUUCUGACCGGGAUGAGGUCACUGUGCUUCAUGCUCAGCUGGCCUUGGAGGAACUCGAUGACAUCAUGAGGAGGGUCUUGUUUCCCCCCCAAACCCUAGAGAAGAAGCUCGUGGUCCUGCCUUAGCAGGACAACAGGCCAGCAGGGCCCAGCACGACUUCCAAGCCGACUCGCACCUGCUUGUCUGUGCCAGCACGCAGUGCCAGGAGAGGCCGGAUUCCUGCGUUCCACGGCCUCAUCUCUCAUCCCCUUCUGCCUCCCGGUUUGCUGAGAGCAUUUAACACACUGUAGGAUGUGCUUAGAAUUUGCUAGUCCUCCAGAGGCUCCUGCCCCAGCCUGUGUGACUUGGGGCCUGCCAGCAUGUGUUCUGGCCUGUCUGCCUCGGCUAUGAAUGAGGCCACGUGGAAUCUGCAAGAAAUCAGAAAGUCACAGUGAGGGCUCCCUGCCUGUGUAGACUGCAGCAUUGCUCAGGGCCGGCACAGCUACGGGUGGCAGCUUCUCUCAGUGACGAGCAUGACAGGAACUCAUGCCGGGAGUCACUUUUAAAACUGAAACCAGACUUGUACUGAACCCAAAGGCAGGGCAGGAAAAAAUCCCCACCUGUGAAGAAUCCAUUUGCUCUGCCUUCAGUUCAUGUUUAAUGGGACAGCUGCCAAUGAAACCACUGGCACGUCACAGUGAGGAGGCACUGGCAUCGGGGUGGCUCUGGCCCAGGUACAUCCCAGAGAGUUCAACCGGUCUGCCAGGUGCAGAGCCCCCCCUGCCCCCCAUGUGCUCAGACUGAGGGGACUCGCUGCUCAAAAUGCAGAGACCUUAUUCAAACAACAGCCCCUCUCCACGCCCGUGGGACUGGCUCCUCGGCGAGAGGUGAAACGCAGGGACUGGAAGUCCGCUCUCAGGUUCCCUCCCUGUGUUUGACCGUGCUGCGUGUUGCUCUGCACUGCUGUUCACCCCCGUUUCACUGGGGGCUCUCCGGCAUUAGCACUGUGCUGCAGGGCUGGGUUUCAAAUACCUUUCCGGGGGAAUUAUUUACAAAACCUCCCCCAUGAGCCCCCGCUGCGGUGCCUGGCGCGGGUGGGGUAUGUUUGACGUUUUUAACAAUACCUAAAGUGUGGGCCAACCUUGUGGUGGCAGGGCCCCCUGAGCUGGCUAUAAAGGACCUCUGUCAAUGUCA